CUCAGUUUUAAAGAUAAAUUGAAAUCACGUCAGUGAACUGGAGGAAAAUGUUCAGAGGUGUGCCCAACAACAGAAAGUACUCAGCCAAUAUAAAAUUUUUAUUGCAGCUUUGUUUUCAUGUUUGACUCCAUGGCCUGUUGUAAAUUAUUAUUACCUCGACCAGUAAGCCGGCAGACUGAAAUCCCCCACAGCCAGUUUUUCAGCCCUGUUUAGAGCUGAAAAAUGAAUACCACUGGAAUGUUAAUCCCUUUAGCCGUAUUUUAUAGGCCACUUGAAAGAAAUUGAGUAUUUUCUGUAAUCUACAUGGUUUCCAUUCAGCCCUGUGAGCACACCAGGCUUUUACUAAUGGUAAAUCAUUUCCAAUGAAUACAAUAAACCUCGCCACGUUAUCCAUUUAUACAUCUCACGUGAGGGUGUGUUGACAUCGGAUGAAAACACUGUACGCUUUUAAUCACUUUAAGAUAAGACAUCUUAAAGUGAGACUGCCUCCUGCUUUCUUGAGACACAGGGUGGAAAAUUACAAGCCCAAAAGAUUUAUUCCACUGAAUUCUCACACCAUCAGUCAGCGCAUGAGUUAAGGCUGGACUGUACUCACAUGGCCUGCAGGAGCUCUCUCUGUCCUUAUUUAACAGUCACUGGAUGAGAGCCUCUGUUUUAUCUCCCAAUUCCUGCUGCUGUGAGACCCUGACCCGCACUCAAGGAUGGUGACUAUUUUUAGAUGACCUGAACCGCACGGACUUUUCAGCUUCUAUCAGGGAAGAGCUAGUGUAAAUAUUUGACAGGAUAUUUCUGCAGCAGCUCCCUCGGUGAAUAUGUGAAGGUUGUCACAUAUCUUUGCCCACUGCGCCAAGAGUUGUUCUACUUUUUUCCAAUAUUUGUUCUUCCUUCUUCUCUGAUAUCUGCGGAAAAUGAAGCGGCUUUCAUUGCUGUUGCUGCAGUCAUUUGUCCAACACUGAUUUGUCACUCAUUUUAAAGACAUUGUUUCAAACCAAACCAAGGAUCUGUUAGAAGCCUCCUUUCAAAUAAUCUGCCAUUGAUACUCUAAUACGGUGUUUGUGUCUUUCCCAGAUUUCACAACCAAAACUUGGCGAGUAUUACUUGGAUGGGAUUUUGGUAGAGUAAACUUUGGGUUAAUGAUUGACGAGUUUAUAGUCAACCUAGUUAAACGCGGAGUGGGAGGAAUAUUUCCCGGCUUCCAUUUGGUCACGUGAACCAAGUAGCCUGCCUCUGGCUACACGGAAGCGACAGCUUUUUUGUAUAUUUAGGUUUUAAUUGACGUUUUAAUUACUAAAGUUGCCCUCAGUCUACUGUAAACUGAAAUAAGUGUGUUGUGGUGUGGGCUUGAGUUGUUCAAAGCGCUGCUUUAUUGAUCUGAGUGCAUUAUGGCUCCCUUUAAAAAGAAAGAGCGGCUGAUAUUGGAAGGAGUAGUUGAUCAUUAACAAGCAGCUCCAAUUUAUUUUGCACUGUGAUGCUGUCGGGCAGCACUUCACUUAGCUCUAGCACACAAUAGUGACUACCUGUAUAAUUAAGAGACUGCUUUAGAAGCACUGAACAUCAGAUCUCAGUCAUCCAGACAGAAUCGUCUCGCCUAAUACGAUCUCGUAGGUCAGGGUCACCCAGGAUCAUCCACAUAUUUGGCGUUCGCCUCAGAGACAACACAUAUGAGCUGCCACCAGGAAUCUUUGCAGCCAUGUCUGUCCACAAACAGACAAGACUGUCCAGUCUGCCUACAGACGGCCAGAUUCCCGGUCCAGACAAACUGUGGCCAUUUGUUCUGUGCUCCCUGUAUGAUCGCCUACUGGAGACAUGGCUCAUGGCUGGAUGCAGUCAGCUGUCCGCUCUGCAGGCAGAAGGUCAGCGUCCUGUGCCACCUGUUUAACGAGAGCCGGUCAGACCAGCAGUCAAAGGAGGUUCUUGGAGAAAUCACGGACUACAACAAACGUUAUUCUGGAGCCCCACGAAGGGUAACAGACUACCUCUGCGACGCGCCUCUCCUUCUGCAGUUGCUGGCUCGUGGCCUGGGCACCAUGGGAGGACUCGUGUGGCUGUUUCUUUUCAGGGUGGUUCUGUGCUGUUUGGGGACAGUGGUGUCCAUCUCCUCCCCUCCCCUGGACUCUGUGUCAUCAUCUGGUUCCCUGGAAACAGACCCCUCCUUGUGCGGACUGCUGGGCGUCCUGGACGACCUGGUGGUGGUCAUCCUUCUCCUCAUCUGCGUGAUCAACAUCAACCAGCACAUGGCGCCAGAGAGAGGACAGUCUGAAAAUGCUACGUCCUCACAGAGAGUCAUAGGGGAAUCACUGUAAAUAGAUGCCGCUGGAGUGUCAGAACAAGCUGCUUGACAUGGACCUUUAGUGGAUUCCUUCCUCCUGGCUGUUGCAAGCUGGAUUAGUGGACGUAAGAAUAUUGACAAGCAUGCGGCAUGCAAUGGUCAAGAUGAAGAAGAAUGUGGAGUCAGGCUCCGGGCCUGUUUGUCAAGUGUUUACAGAGCCACGAGUGAUAUCUCUAACACAAAGUUAUGCAGUGUGCUGGUUCAGCUGUCAUUACAAAUCCUUAAGUGUUUGACUGGGGCCUUUUUAAUCCACGUUAAUGAGGCAAAGUCUCCAGCGUUCAAUCAUUUGAAAGUCAUGCUUUCAGGGAAAUUUCAGUAAAUUAUAAUCAUAUAUGUUUAAAGUUUGGACACACCUGCUCAUUCUAUUCAAUGAGAAAAUGCAUUCAAACGUUUGACUGGUAGUGUAUAUGUAUAGUUUUCAUCUCAUCCCCCAGUAACCGAUCAUACUGGCAAUAAUGUUGCUACUUUGUCUCAGCAAGCUAAACAAAAGCUGUCAGUAUUGUAAUAUUGACAACCCUGUAAAUACUUGAUAUUGUAUGAAUAGUUUUUAUGGUUGAAAUAAAGAAUAUUUAUUGUUUUAAAAGGC